AUGACCGUGAAAGUAAAGUUAACAGGCAGUGAAUCAACUUUGAGGGUGCUACAGAAAGGUAAGCAGCAACUUACACUGCAAUUUGAAAUCUCCAUCAAGUCCUUUAUUUCGUUACUCAGAGCCUUUUGUCACAGUGAAGUAUCCCCCUGGUUUCUCUUAAGCCCUAUGGUCACUUCCGCCUGCCCAGACCCACUUAUUAAGCGAGAUCUGAUAUUUAACUGACUUCGCAUUCUCGAGAGGUUCUAUCAUUCAACAUCGACAAGGAACUCUACCCUUCGAACGUGUCUUUCCUCAACUUUUAAGUUCAACUUGGGGAAUACCAAUGCCAACCAGAUAACAUAUUCGCCAUCUGCGAGGCUAGCGGCAGCCUAGACCGAGACGACCCUGAACUUACAUUCGCUGAGGAUUAUGAAACCGCCGUCGCCAGAGUCGAGCUUGCCGUACAAGUCGGCCAUCUUGCUCCCGAUAAGGCAACAUAUACUGUAGACUAUCAGGUCUUACAGAAAUACAGUUCUUCAGUUCCCACCGCUAUUGAAGUUGUAGUUUCUAACUGUUUUAGUUAGAUCCACAGAAGCUCGCAGCUGGCUCGCACCACCUCCCCAAUCACAGAGGCCACUUCGUCUAGAGCCAAACUUCAGACUUCAAAUUGGCAUUAUGAGGCCUGUUGGAGACGACCGAUGGAUGAAUAUAAAACGCCCAGAAAGUCAUCGCUCCUCAUCACCACCAGACAGACGUCAAAGGAGUUGGGGGUCGGUGAAUGUAGAAGGAUUCCAUUGGCCGCGGAAUGACCUAUUUUCUGACCAAAGAGAUAUUCAAUAUAACUGGCGGGAUCAGGAUGAUGAAGACUUCCGGCGUAGGUCAAUGGCAAGAAACCGCGUCUUUGAAAACGGGAGAGACCGAGGUCGACCAGACCCCGGUGGAGUUAGGCGAAGUUUAGAAGACGAAAGGGACUUCCUCCCAUCACGACUCUAUGACGAUUUACAGUCGGUAAUCUAUUCCCAUGAAUAUGCCCCGUGGCCUAUGCCACCGGUUAUAUCUCCAGCCCUCGAGAGACAAAGAAUUCGAAGCCAGUUUACCCACCGGAGACCACAUAGAAUACAGGCUGAAGGCGAAAGGGAAACCUAG